CACGACGGCGAUAAGCACUCCAAACGAUAUAAGGCCGGCGCACGGCUCGUGUUCAGUUUGCAAUUCUACCGCGGAAUUUUGGAAAAAGGUUCAUGGACGGUGGAUCAUGGACAGGCUGUAGCAAUAAUUUAUACUGCAGUAGCGACCCCGAACGUCAAAGGGAGCCAAUAGUGAAAAUUUUGGAUCCCCUCCUUAAGUGGCUCAUCCUGGGGAUCCGUAGGCUGUCGGAAUCCAGAGAGCAAAGGAAGCGUGUCGAGGAGCACACUACAAAGAGCAGGAAGGCUCUCAGGGAAAAUUUAGGCGAAAGAUUAGAACAGAUGAUGGAGGUUAGCUGGCUUAUCACUGCUCCUGAAUAUCGGAAAGGUGGCUAUGCCACUGCCCUCGUGCAUGUUGCGACAGAUCUGGCAGAUGCCAGAGGCGUCUCGGUUUGGCUAGCAUCGUCUAAUCCUGUCAACGAAGGCUUCUACAUUGACCUCGGAUUUCAGACGGUUGGUACCUUCCAUCUAGGUACAGAUAAUCCUUCAUGGAAAGGUCCGCCCGUUUCUAUUGAGAUAAGAGCCGAAGAGACCGAGGGCCAUGAUGAGAGAGAAACGGGCAGGGUUGACCUAGGCCUCUGUAUGAUUCUGCGCCUUCGCGCUCGUGACAUCUCCAGCAUGGUUUCAUACGCACAUAAUACGCAACAGAAGAGGUUUUGAACAGGUUGGCUCUCACGGACUGACAGAUGACCGGAGCCCGCUAGCUCUGUGCUGAAUGUACUAAGCAAUGGAAUCUCGAGUC